AUAUAUCCAUCGAUACAUAAACGAGGAAAUGACCGCUGCACCGUUGUAAACAAAAUUAAUGUUUAAACAGUGAAAGUGAUCCUAUUUAGAUAUGUCUAUUGGAAAUUAUUUUCUUCAGGAUAGUCAUCACAUCAUAAUGUGGUGGUUUGAGAUACUAUUGAACAAUAUUAUUAAGAAUGACAGAAAUAGUAUCCAAGAAUUUUGGUAAAGGGCAACCUUUUCAAAAAAGAGACAUGUCAGAUUCGUCGCAACAUCAAUAUAAUCAACCUCCUCCUGAUAUAAUGCCAAAGGGACUUGCAAUCAAUGGCAUAGGAGGAAGGUUACGCCAAUUAGAAUCCCUUUUUAUUGGUGGCCCUGUACAAGGAGAAGGAAGAGUAGGCCACACAUUUUCUAUUGAGACACUUAUUGAUAUUUUGCUUGUCUUAUAUGAUGAGUGUUGUAAUUCUUCCCUAAGGCGUGAAAAGACUGUCUCAGAUUUUAUUGAAUUUGUAAAACCAGUAGCUACUUGCAUUAAGAGUUUGCAAUUAGCACGAGAGGAUUUUGAAAUAGUAAAAGUUAUUGGUAGAGGUGCAUUUGGUGAAGUAUGUGUUGUAAGAAUGCGUGGUUCAGACAAAGUAUUUGCAAUGAAAAUUUUGAACAAAUGGGAAAUGUUAAAGCGUGCAGAAACUGCAUACUUCAGGGAAGAGAGAGAUGUACUGGUAUAUGGUGAUCGUAGGUGGAUCACAAAUCUUCAUUAUGCCUUUCAAGAUGACAAUAAUUUGUACUUGGUCAUGGAUUAUUAUUGUGGUGGAGAUCUCUUAACACUAUUGAGCAAAUUUGAAGAUCGCCUUCCUGAAGAUAUGGCACGUUUUUACAUAGCUGAAAUGGUUCUAGCUAUUGGGUCCAUACAUGACUUACGUUAUGUACACCGUGAUAUUAAACCUGAUAAUGUUUUGUUAGAUGCAAAUGGUCAUAUUAGAUUAGCAGAUUUUGGAUCUUGUUUACGAUUGUUUGAAGAUGGCACUGCACAAAGUAAUGUUGCUGUUGGUACACCAGACUAUAUUUCACCAGAAAUUUUAAGGGCAAUGGAAGAUGGACAAGGACAAUAUGGACCUGAAUGUGAUUGGUGGUCUUUAGGAGUAUGCAUGUAUGAAAUGUUAUAUGGAGAAACACCAUUUUAUGCAGAAUCUCUAGUCGAAACUUAUGGAAAAAUUAUGAACCAUAAGAAUUGCUUUGAUUUCCCAGCAGAUGAUAUGUAUGAAGUCUCUGAAGAAGCUAAGGACUUGAUGAGGAAAUUAAUAUGUAGUUCGGAAUUUAGAUUAGGUCAAAAUGGAAUUGAUGAUUUUAAGAAACAUCCGUGGUUUGAAGGAGUAAAUUGGGAAACUCUUAGAGACAGUACUGCACCUUAUAUACCUGAGGUUUCUUCACCAACUGACACAUCAAACUUCGAUGUUGAUGAUACAGAUGUUCGCAGUUCUGAUGCUGUUCCACCAGCAGCAAAUUCUGCCUUUUCUGCACUUCAUUUACCAUUUGUUGGUUUUACUUUUACUCAAGGAAGUUGCAUAUCUGAUCUGGGUUGCUUAUCUGUUAUAACUCAGAAGGAUAAACGAGUGCAAAUAUUAGAGGAAGAAAAUGCACAAUUAAUACAAGCACUUGAAGAUUUAAAAAAACAAAUUAGUCAUUCUCCUCCUGGAAUAUCACCAGAUUCUAAUAAUGCAACAAGAAAACUUCAGGAUGAAAUAAAUACACUUACUAAGCGCAACUGCGAAUUAGAAUCACAGUUGAAAUCUAUCGAGGUCCCUCGUGAAUUACGCAAUUUAGAUAACGGCGAUAUAACAAAAUUACGGGAAUUAGAAAAAUUAGUACGCUCUCUUCGAUCAGAAAAGGAAGAAGCUAUUAAAGAUAAAUUAGAUACUCAGGAGAAGCUCAAACUUCAAGAUAAAGAAUUGAAGGAUGCAUUAACACAGCGUAAACUAGCAAUGGCUGAAUAUACCGAAGUUACAGACAAAUUAUCAGAAUUAAGACAACAAAAACAGAAGUUAUCCAGGCAAGUUAGAGAUAAAGAAGAAGAAUUAGAAGUUGUAAUGCAGAAAGUUGACAGUUUACGACAUGACAUUAGAAAAGCAGAAAAGUUACGUAGGGAAUUAGAAAAUCGAGUUGAAGAGGCAAUGGCUGAAACGAGUAAAGAAAGAAAAUUAAGAGAACGCAGCGAAGAAUAUUGUAAACAAAUGCAAGAGGAAACAGAAAAAAUUAGACAAAGGUCUAUGGGAAAUGAUGCGAGUGCAAAUCAUGCAUUAGCGACGCAAGAAAUUAAUAGGUUAAAAGCAGAAGUUGAAAAACUCGAAGUUCAAUACAAUGAAAAUUUGAACCAGCAACAAAGUAGGUUUAAUCUUGAAAUUCGUAGUCUUCAAGAACAAUUGCACGAAGCUGAAACCAGGAGAGAUUUAUUGGAAAGAGAAGUUCAAUUAACGAAAGAAAAACUAGAUAAUGCAAGAUUAGAAAAUAUUACCGAUAGUGAGGAAACUAUAAAUGAAUUAAACAGACAUCACGAAAGAGAAAAAAUUAUGCUAGUCGAAGAAAACAAAAAACUUAUGUUAGAACUUAACACUCUUACCGAUAGUGUUAAUAGAAUACAAGGUGAAAGGCGACAAUUAGAAGAAGAAUAUGAAGAAUUAAGAAACAAAAAGGAAGCUAUUGCACAAUGGGAAGCUCAGAUUACUGAAAUUAUUCAAUGGGUAUCUGAUGAAAAAGAUGCUAGAGGAUACUUGCAGGCACUGGCUACAAAAAUGACAGAAGAAUUAGAAUUUUUAAAACAUUCUGGUGGUGUAGGUGGAGUAGGAAGUGGUUCUACAAUGGCAGAUAAAAAUUGGCGAAAUCGUAGAUCACAGAAGCUUGAUAAAAUGGAACUUUUGAACUUACAAAGUUCUUUACAAAGUGAAAUACAAGCUAAGCAGGCAAUAUCUGAAGAACUUACAAAGACACGUUCAGAUUUAAUUGCUGCUCAAAAACUACAAAGUGCCUCUGUUUAUUGGCGUAACGAGCUGUGUCUGGGGCCUCUUGUUGCUCAUCUUCAAACUGUAUUUGUGACAGCUGUCCUAUCCAGCAAAACGUCAAGACAAUCUCCAAACAUCGUUAGCACCAAACCCCAACGUAUCAUCGUACAUCAGCCGUCAUCACCCCUACCAGUAAUGCGUGCAUCCCGCGUCACGACAUGUCGCUUAUUAACUAGAUUCGUUCCCGUCAACACAUUCAUCAGUCAGAAUGCCGUCGCCAUCGUAUCGCCACCCGUUUUAGAACGCCCUACAUCUCAAAUGUCAUAUUUGGAACAUUUCCUGAAAGAAACUGCAAGCAGUACACGUCACGGAAGUGCAGACAGUGUAGAAGCCGAUAUUGAAGAUAAUCGAGCACCAAGUAUUUCCAGCAGUAAAAGCAACUUAUCUGAACUCAGUAUUGAUCCUACAUCCCCAUUAUCUCAUGAGCUUCUCAAUAAAUCAUCAACAUCUCAUGGACAAACCAAUCUUCAACCAAAACCAAAAUCUCAUCAAUUUCUAGUAAGAACAUUUUCAGCUCCUACGAAAUGUAAUCAUUGUACUUCACUGAUGGUAGGUUUAACCAGGCAAGGAGUUGUAUGUGAAGUUUGUGGUUUUGCAUGUCAUAUGCCCUGUUGUGAUAAAGUUCCAUCAAUGUGUCCUGUGCCACAUGAUCAAACAAAACGACCAUUAGGUAUUGAUCCUACACGAGGAAUAGGUACGGCUUAUGAAGGAUAUGUUAAAGUGCCAAAAAUGGGUGGAGUAAAAAAGGGUUGGGUUCGUCAAUUUGUGGUGGUCUGCGACUUCAAAUUAUUUCUUUAUGAUAUUUCACCAGAUCGUAAUGCAUUACCAUCUGUUUAUGUAUCUCAAGUCUUAGACAUGCGGGACGAAGAAUUUAAUGUUAGUUCUGUUAGAGAUUCGGAUGUUAUACAUGCUACAAAGAAAGAUAUUCCAUGCAUAUUUAGGAUAUUUAGAGCAAAAGAAUUAUUAGAUAAUACAUUGGCGCUAAUUAAAAAUGUGAUGUCAGGAGCAAUUAUUGAUCCAGAUCGUCUAGUCAUUGGCACAGAAGAAGGUCUCUUCUGUUUAGAUUUAGAUCGUAGCGAAAUUGCAAGAGUAGGAGAAGGCAAGAAAAUAUAUUUACUGGAAUACGUAACAGAAGAACAAUUAAUAGUAGUUUUAAGUGGAAAACAACGUCAUGUACGGCUGGUUCCAGUACGUGCAUUGGAUGGAGAUGAAGUUGAAUGGAUUAAAGUCGCAGAAACUAAAGGAUGUAUAACUUUAACGACCGGAAUAGCCCAUCGCAGUCCAUUAACUUAUUGUUUGUGUGUCGCCAUAAAGAAGCAAAAUGCAUCACAAGUCAUUAUUUAUGAAAUUACGCGUACAAAAACACGUCAUAAACGUAUGCGUGAAUUGAUGUUAUCGUGCCACGCACAAACUUUACAAAUUCUUUCUGAAGCAUUGGUCCAUUCUGAAAAUACACUCUUAGGCUUUCUUACAUACAGUGCUGUGGAUGCUUUACGGUGUAUCGAAUUGCCACGUGGUGAAUUCUUAUUAGUCUUCCAUACAUUAGCAGUUUAUGUCGACAGCCAAGGCAGAAAAAGUAGAGAUCGUGAAAUUAUGUAUCCUGCUGUUCCUACGGCAGUUAGUUAUUGUGAGGGCUAUUUAUUAGUUUAUAGCGAAACUCACAUUGAUGUGUUUGGCUGUACAACUGGAGAUUGGUUGCAGACACUUAAUGUGAAACGAGCACGACCACUAAAUACGUCAGGUUCUUUAACGUCCUGUGUCAUUAAUGAUAUGCCACAUGUUAUUUUUUUGAGCAAUUUACAUCAACGAGAAUUACUUAAUUUAACACCGCUAGAUGCAAGUGGUAGACAAAUGACAAAACCUCGAAGAAGAUUUUCAUUGAGAGAAGGAAAUAGAGCUGUUCGUCCUACUGAUAGACGUUCCAAAAUGAUAUCUGCUCCGACGAAUUUUAAUCAUAUCAGUCACAUGGGUCCAGGUAAUGGAAUACAGUUGUAUAGUCCGGCAAUUCAAACAUCGAGUAAACCAGCGCCACUGCCGCCUAGGCACCCACCUUCUGAUACACGACGUCUUAGUUCUCAUAUAUCCAGAAAUUCCGGAUACUCACCGCAUAACGGUUCAUCACGCAGAGGACCAGCACCGCCACGACCGACUGCUACUCCACCUUCGUUACCACGUACUCCUGUGGACCAAGUUGAUUCGGAAUCUGUGCAUCUACGAUCGCAUACUCCACUUUCUCUUGGUAGCAUUGCAUCAUUACACGACAAGGAACAUACCUCUGGUGGAAGUCCUAGACAUUCAAUAGCUUCAAACAACAGUUCAAAUCCAUCGACGCCUCCAAGUCCUGCUCAUGAUCAUGGUUCAUCUUCAUAUGAUUCAUAAAAAUUAAUUUAACACCUUUCCUAACAUUAACAACGUACUGUAAUCACAUGUAUUAUCUGAACAAUAGGAUUACAGUAUCUAUGAGAACAUUUUUACACAAAAUGAUAUCCGUAUUUGAUUUUUAGCUGGAAAGUUCGUAUUUAUUUCUUUUCUCUUUUUUCUUUUUUAAUUUUGUGCAAUACAUUUUUCUAACCAUUACAUUACAUUAAUUGUAUUACAAACGUCUAACAAAAGGCAUAAUACUCGUAUGUACAAAUGAAUUAAGAAGUUGCACGUUUUAAUUACUUAAUACAAUAUAAAAGUUUCCAGAAUAUAUUAACAUUAAUUUUGGUACUAUAUUGCAACGACUUUUUGAUUUUCAUAAACUUAUAUAUAAUAUGUUAUAUACUUAAUAAGACAGUUUACAGUUAAUGUAAUGAUAAAUUAUUGUAAAUAAUUUAUAUUUGGAAAUUAUUGUAUCAAUUUUACGAUGCCAUAUAUCAUCGAAGUAGGUAUCAUUUUGAUAUUUUUCUUUUUUUUUUCUCGGAGUUUUAAUGCG